AUGUUGACAUUCGCCUUCACCGUCUUCUUCCUCGUCGUGUCCGCCUUUGCUCAGUCACCCAGAAUUCUAAUUUAUUCAGCAACUAGAGGAUUCCGUCAUGACUCCAUCCCAACGGCCAUUGAAGCCUUACAAAACGCCAGCAACACAAUUAACCUUCGCUUCGACAGCACCGAGGAUCAGGCCCUCUUCAAUGAGCAAAAUCUCGCGAGAUAUGAUGCUAUAUUAUUUCUAAGUACGACCGGAGAAGUCCUGGACGAUGCGGGGAAAGCGUCUUUCCAGAAAUACCUAAACUCCGGCGGAAAUUUCAUCGGCGUUCACUCUGCCUCGGACACGCUAGUCAAUGCGACGUUCUACGAGCGUGAACUUGGGGCGCACUUCGACUACCAUGCCGACCUCCAGGAAGCUACCGUCGAUGUCGUCGGACCAUCUCAUCCAAGUACCGAUAAGCUUCCCCGCCGUUGGCAAAUUCGGGACGAAUGGUACAAUUUCAAAUCUGACCCCCGGGACCUUGGCGCCGUCGUCGUACUCUCCGUUGACGAGUCGACCUACUCCGACACCGGGACUCGCAGGUUCAAUCAAGGCACCCCACACCCAACAGCAUGGUACCAGGAGCACGGUGCUGGCACCUCUUCUGGUGGUGUGUCCGGCCGCAGCUUCUACACAAGCUUAGGGCAUCUGAACGAAACGUGGAGGGACGAAACAUUCAUGGGUCAUGUUCUUGGCGGAAUCGUAUGGACAUUACAGGCUAAUACAACCAAGGCUUUCAACACCAGUGCGCUGGUCGGAAGUGAUGAAAGUCCUCCCACACCCACAGGGGGUCAAAGUGAGGUCUCUGGCACAAGCGACAUAGCGGGGACACACACGCCCUCGCCGGCCAGCAACGACGCCACUGCACCCAUAGCUUACGGCACUCUGCUUACAAUAAUCCUCAGCACACUAGCAGUUGCUCUUUACAUCCUUUAG